AAGCUGGCUAAGUAGAUCUAGCUAGCUAGCAUUCUGUCAGUUUGCUGAGCUCUGUGGUCAUGAGCCAGUGUGGAAGAGACUGAGAGAGAGGUGGAAGCCUAGUCUGGGCAAAAACAGAAAUCGAAGAAAAGCCUGAAAAGGCAAGCUUGGGUCACUAUGGAAACCGAGCAUCUAAACGAACUGUUUAAGUCCCAGUGCCAUUGCUGGAAUCCGAAUCGAGAAUAUGCGGCUGUAGAUGAAAACAAAUCUUGCAACGUAUAUAGAGCAGCAUGAAACCAAAAGCAUUUUUGAGUGAUGACAGAAAGACACUCGACUGUUAACUGGAGAGGAGCUGGUUGAACUACUGCUGUCUGUCAGUCAGAUACACUCACCACAAUGGGGGAAUGCAUGGUGGGGUACCUCAAUGUUAGUAAGAGCUCCACCAUUAAUGCCCUCGUUAAGUGCAAGAAGGUCUGCCACUCCAGGGAGGACUAAACACUUUCAAGUGGGGGUAUCCCAGUGUUGAUCAAUGCCCUCAAAACUCAUUCAGUGCAAAGGUUGUAGUCCAGGAAGGAGUAAACACUUUCAGUUUACGUUUUUACUUGAGUAAGAGGCUCCAUCCUCAAUCAUGUAGCCCAUUGCCUCCCACCUUUGUGACCUUCAAAGUGGAUCCUACCAUAGACCAGAUGAGAUGCCACAUUCCCCCAGUGUCCCUUGUGGCCUCACGGAUCCCACGGCUUGUCCUCGAGGAUACCUACGGAAUCAGACUACCACACCCCCAGGAAGCAGAGGACCUUGAUCAACCACCUUAUGCUGAGGAGCUGUGUGGAGCUUAUAUGGUUGAGCUCAUAGGGCAUUUCCAGAUGUCCUGGCGAUGGAGGCAGUUAUGACACACCAUGCACUGAUCAGCUGCCUCCCCAACCUCCCUAUUCGGUCUGCUAAGAAGCAGAUGGAGCUAUGGACCUCACAAAAGUAGAGGUUCCACCGAUUUGAUGCCCUCAUCAGGUCUCUGGGGAAGCCAAGCAUUACUGCAGCCCAGGCAAAGAGACUGGUCCAACUUGGCCUUGAGCACAGCGCUCUGGUGACACUGAGGUCCAAAAGUGGUACUCCAGAGGCUUUUAUGGAAGCUCUGAAGGGGAAGGGAGUGAUAAAAGUUUUCUGUACUCUACGUACGCGAAUUGGGGCAUGGUCUUACAGGCUUACGCUUAAUUUAUAUUCUAGCGUACGCGUAUAUAUAAAAAGUGUUCGAUCAGCCAAAGUACAUACAGGACUUGGUCUAUAUUUAGCGUGCUGCUAUAAUUACGUAAGGUGAACAAAGUUGCACUGUAAAAAAAAGAAAUGACCCAUUUUUGGUUACUUGAAUUGCAUUUGGGUGCAAUUUUGCAAUUCAAGAAUGGGUCAUUCCAAACCAUUUUUUCGCAUGCAUGCAGCUAGCCUGCUGGAAAAAGCUAUUACCUUUUUUUUAGGCAGAGCUUUUCUUGCUCCAUGAAUAGCUAAGUUGGUGCCACAACAAGUUACAAGUUGUCAUAAACAGCUAUACUCGUAGGAUAUGAGUUUACCUUUUUUUUUUUUAGUAAAUUGUGUCUGCUGUUAUGUUACCACCCCAGAAAACCUAAGCUAUCUACGGCCCUAUUGUUUUCUGAUAACUCUUUCUUUGAGUGGACAGUCUUUUUUCAGAACGAGGAAUAAACCUGAAUUGGCCAGUUCAGGUAUGGAAGUAGAGUUCUCUACACUGUUCAGCCUUGAAACAAGCACCAAAUCAAUGGUCGAUGAGUGGACUGUGCCCGAAAAACGAGUGACAAUUUGUGAUAACGAAAAGUUACACAAACAUUUUAACAAGUGUGCAUACAUGUAAUGUGAAGGAUAGAAACUAACUUGAAGUCACUUAAAUCCGAUAGACAAGACUGAUUUAUAGUAAGUAAGUAAUGCGUCUGAGAAAGUAUCAAAAAUAGAAUAUCUUGAGGACGGUGGACGAUAAAAGACACCAAGACAUAAUUUGAGGUGAUCUCUGAUUAAAGUGACAAGCCCAAAUUCAAGACCACGAGGUCCUGAAAGUAAAAUACUAAACGAAUGCUAUAUAUUGUGAAUUUCAUAGCAUUCCUGUUCUAUCUAAUCUAAUAACAUUGUAGUUAGGAAUGUGCAACUCAUUAUCUAUACUACACAACCAUGUUUCUACUAGACAAAUAACAUCCGGGCAGUGGGUAGCCUCGAUCCCAGGCCGCACUUCCCACUUCACUUAGGGAAGUGGGCCUGGUAUCGACUGCUUGCGCAUGCGCUAAUAUCCCCCCAGUAUCUGGGGGCUUUGGAUAACAUCGGAUCCACAGCGGCAAAACGGAUACAAUAACUUUUUACUGUAAUGUCCUUAUAUUAUAAUAAUAAUUUUUAUUAUUAUCAUUAUGGAGAAUGAUCGUGAAUCGGGAUAAUGACGUGAAUCAAUAAAGCAGUCCAAUGAAAGUGUCUAGUUUGCUCAUUUUUGUGUCCACACACAUCAUUUACUCUACUCUACCCCUGCUGCGUGGGCAGGGUAAUGAUUUGGUGUUUUCUGGGUGCAUGUUGUAGGGCUCCUCUAUAAUUCUAUUAUUCUUGCCACAAUAAUUUUUAUUGAAUUAUUAGCUUUUACUUGUUCAUGCAGUGAGCAAUAACUGGGCAUUUCUUUAGAUAGCUAUCCGACUCACUAUAAGAACAAUGGCUAGUUGUGAGCAAGGAACUAUAGAGCAAGCUUCCCUUCAUGAAACUCCUGCACCAGAUGCUAGCAGAGAUGCCACUGAAGCAACACCACUCGUGACAAGUAAUCACAGGAAAUAUGGCAACAAGAAAAGUGUACUAAUCAAGUCAAAGGCUGCAAUAAUGAUUCUCUGUUGGACUGCAUUAAUGUCUUUCAUAUAUGGUUUCUUGCUGAAUCCUGAAAAUUAUUUCUUAUUCACUAACCUAUUGAUGAAAAUACCUAUAUUUUUCUCACCAAUAUUUACCAGUGAGAUGGUAGAUAGUUGCAUAUAUGCUGUAUUUGCUUUCUGGCUUCUCUUCUAUCCUCUAGCUGGAUACUUGGCAGAUGUUCGAUAUGGCAGAUAUAAAGUUGUGAGGUGUGGUGUGUGUACCACGUGGUGUGGACUCUUGACUUUUGUUCUUAUCGGUGGUAUUGUGAACGCCAUUAUUUUACCAAUUAUGUUUACUACAACUAUUGAUUCCUUUGAUUCCAUAUUUUUAUCACUUGUAGUAGUGAUUGGUAUACUUGGACUUUUUCUAAUUAUCUCCUUCUUGAUUGCAUUUGCUGCAUUUUUAGCCAAUGUUAUUCAGUUUGGGGUUGAACAAUUAAAUGAUUCUCCUUCUAGAGACAGCUUUCUCUUCGUUCACUGGUUUCUCUUCACACUAUAUAUUGGAAUAAGCGUUGGAAAACUUGUAUGGAGUGCAGCUUAUGCCACUAAUUUCUUAAACCUUUCCCUAUUUCUACUUGUCGUAUUAGUUGAGCUUAUUUGUUUACCUGCAACUUUCUGUGUUGCUAAGCGCAGGUGGUUUGUUAUUGACACUGGCAUUGAUAAUCCUUACAAAGAGGUUGCAAAAGUUGUCAACUUUGCAAGAAGAAACAAGAUUCCUAUUCAACGCAGUGCCUUUACAUUCUGGGAGGAUAACAUACCCACUGGACUGGAUCUAGGCAAGGACAAGUAUGGAGGACCAUUCACUACCGAGCAGGUGGAGAAUGUGAAAUCAUUUUUUGGAAUCGUUGUCCUUUUAUUUUCAAUUGGACCAUUCUUUACGGCUGAUAUUGCUGCAGCGCCAUUUCUCAGUAUACUGAAAGAUCACAUGAAAGCAGAGCCUAACAUUUGGCCACCUGAUAUUAGUGUAAGCAACAUUGUUGACUCUAUAUUCACUAAUGGUGGCACUCUGUACCCCGUCUUUAUUAUUCUUUUUGUUCCUAUUUUUCUCAAAUUUAUUCAUCCUCUUUUUCAAAAAUACUUCCCUGGUAUUUUGAGGCGAAUUGGAAUUGGUCUUUGUCUCAUAACUGUCAGUCUGUUUUGCUCACUGUUUGUUGAUACAAUUGGUCACCUUCUCCCUAGCGGCCGCAAUGCUACUUCAGUGUUUGCUCCUGGACAAAAUAAUUAUUACAAUGAAUUUGAUCCUACUCUCUCCCUUAAUGUCUCCCCAUACUUUCUCUUUAUUCAGCAAGUCCUUAUUGCUGUGGCCUAUGUAUUUAUCUAUGGUGGAGUGUUUGAAUUCAUAUGUGCUCAAAGCCCUCACUCUAUGAAAGGAUUUCUCAUUGGAAUUUUUUUUGCCAUUAAAGGACUAUUUCAGUUGAUUGGUAUUCUUGGAAUUCUUCUACCGUUUAGUAUCUGGCAAGACUCCCCUCGAGCUGGACUGGUUUAUUUCCUGAUGAACAUUGUGAUCUCAGUCGCAGGUGUUGUGGUUUUCGUAGUAGCAGCAAAGAGGUAUCAGUAUCGACAACGUGAUGAACUUUGUAAUGUAAGAAAAUACAUUGAAGAUUUUUACGAGAAAGAUGUGAGUCAUAAUCGUGACUUCGAAGAUUUAGAUGUUCACUUUGAGAGCGAUUCUGACUCAGACACCCAAUGAAUGCAUGUAUAUCAAGUGUAGUGAAAAUAACAGUAUGCGGAUAGAAUUAUACGUAUAGUUGCGUUAGUUUAUAUUACGUGUAUAACGUAUAUUUAUGUUGUGUCUAUAGUAUAGUAGUGAUUUACCCUCUACCUUGAGGCAAACAUUCAGUAGUGAUUCUAGUGUACUUAAUAAUUGCAUGCUUUCAUUGGGUUCUACCAUGUGUGGGAAUUGUUGGCAUUGUGGUCACAUUGAAGCCUGAUGGCCAGGUUCUAUAAUUAGGACCACAAUGCCACCUAGUCUGGAGGCCUCCUUAGGGGAGAUAGUCUGGUCAGAGAGUCAAGGUCCUAUGUGAAACUCGUGUUAGAAGUCCAGGAAUUUCUUGGACCGAUAAUUAACCGCACAUGCAGGACGUGCACGCCCACAAUUGGCAAUUAAUUUAUCGAUCCUAUUUCUGUACUUGGAUUGAUUAUAUUCAUGCCCGAUCGUGUGCGUAGGUAGAUGUCCUGUGUGAUUAAUUACCAGUCCAAGAAAUGUCUGGACUUCUAACGAGUUCACAUAGGAAUUGGACCAGACAAAAGUGCGGCCUGGACUUGAGACUAAAUGCCAUGCACCAGUCCCCACAGUGCUCAAUAUAAUUGCUGUGGCACUCCAAAUCAUGCCCAACCCUACACAGAGAAAAGAGGUGUGCUGUUUUAGACCCUGAGCGUAUGCUAUAUUAGCACUGUGGUGUGCUAAACAGUGAUUCAGCACACUACAUGUGCUGUUUUGUAGGCAUAUAGCACAGCCUACGUGUUGUAUUAGUGUGCUUUUUCAUGGCUUGUAAUUUUGAUGUUCGAUUAAUGUGCUAAAUGGACUGUGCUAAAUGUAAUGGGUGUGCUGAAACAGGUUUAAUUUGCUGUUCUUGCAAAGAAGAAAAGAAGUUGAGUUUAGACAUGGUUUGAGAGCUGUUUGACAAAACUGUGGAACUAGGAAGGACAAGCAAGUAAAAGGGCUCAAACAAAGUGGAGACCAAUUGAAGCCUAUAUUGCCCAAGUUUCAUAGCACGCAAUAAGAUGAUGUUGAAAGUGACACUUGUUGGAGAGAGCAUUAUACUGGACACCCUUGUAUGACCAGACCACUGUAAAGUAUCGACACAAUUGGAGGUGAUGCUGAGAAGUCAAAGGCAGUAUCUUGCAAUUGCAGUGAACUGAGUGCAGACUUGUUAUGCUUAACUAUAUGUUAAAAGAAACCUUUCACUUUUGUAUAUCCUUAUCGUUUGUUUAGAUACAAUUUUAAUACUGAAUUGAUGUGAAAUAAUUGAUUUACAAUCAGCACAGAUGUUUCAACACAUUAGACAUGUGCCAGUUUAGCACAUCAGGUUGUUUAUCACAUGUGCGAACGUGCUAAAACUGGAGACAUUCAAACUGUGCUAAAUCAGCACGUCUUUUUUCUCUGUGUAUAUAUAACCUCGUCACCUGGGAGCUAUAGGCCAGCCUAGUUUGAUUUUUAAAAGCACAGCACAAAGCCUCAAGCUAGGAUACAAGUUAUGAUAAUUAUUGCCAUCAUAUAGCGCUGGGCAGAUACUGUCAUUUUGACGUACAUGCACUCUGCACAUCUGAAAUGUAUUGGCAACAGGCCAUGGAGUUCCCCAAUGUUGGAAAAAGCUCCACCAUCAAUGCCCUCAUUCAGUGCAUGAAGGUCCCAGUGUCUGCCUGCCACUCUGAGGGAGGACGAAACACUUUUAGUGUCCCUUGUGGCCUCACGAAUCCCACGGCUUGUCCUCGAGGAUACCUAUGGAAUCAGACUAUACCACACCCAGGAAGGGGAGGACCCUACUCGACCACCUUAUAUGCUGAGGAGCUGUGUGGAGCUUAUGGCUGUGCAUGGUACCCCAAUGUUGGCAAGAGCUCCACCAUCAAUGCCCUCAUUCAGUGCAAGAAGGUCGCCACUCCAUGGAGACUAAACACUUUCAGUUUUCACUUUCUACUAUUGGUAUACCUCUUUGCUGCUACUAUGAACACCACAACACCUGCGACUGAGAUCACAAUGUUCACCAGGAAAUAAACCGGAGAAGCUGUGUGUAGCUUAUGGCUGUAGGACUAAUAGUGAGCUCACUAAAACACAUAACCUAGGAGUAUGUCAUAAUCGUUACGUAGCAGAAUACCUGCAUGACGCCAUACUAUUGGUGAAGAAUAGAAUCAUACAUUUUUCGGUUUAUGUUUGUAUGUACCGUAUAUAGCGGGUAUUUUCGAGGAUAUAAAUGUUUGUGGUUUUCGCUGAUUAAGCAUCUACUGCGAACGUUUAUAUACCCCGUCCCACGAAUGUGUAACAAACUCAACUCUUUCUAUCACUUUCAAUCAUACGUGACAUGCCCAGAACACUUAUUACAUCAUGCCGUAUAUUAACUAAUCUAACGUUUAGUAGUUCAAUAGUAUAAUACAUUGUCACAAUGUUACACAAGCAUGCAUGCUGCAGAAAGCUGCUAUUCUGCGAAAAUUAAAUCUGCAAAAACUUUUAUAACGGUCAUUCUGCGAAGUUUAUACCCUCGAUACCUGCUAUACGGUAUGUAUGCAUGUACCGUAUAUCUUCUAAUUUAUCGGACACUUCUAAUUACACCGGACACUCUUUUAGGCAAUUUUUGUUGUUCUAAUACAACGGACACUCCUAUAAUAUUACUAAAUAUCUGGACAUUAUUGAAAAGUUAAGCCACACUAACCUACACCUCACUGAAUACAGCCAACACAGUUCCAUUAGGACACGUUUAGUUAGAAAAAAUGAGCAACGUAGCUUUUUAUAGCCGGCCAGUAAGAGACUGAGUGCUGCAGAUAGAUAGUUUAAGGAUUAGAUAGCUUGUGCAACUAUUCAGUUACACACUCUUCUAUUAGCCGCAUGCAGCUGCAUGUUUAUUCUAACUAUUCCGAACACUGCUCAUGCUCUAUGUUCCCGGACAAUUUUUAGUUUUUGCUGUUCGAUAAAUUAGAACAUGCAUGUACGGUAUUUUUGCGUGUUUGCAUGUAUGUAUAUCAUGUAUGUAUGUAUGUAUCGUAUGUAUGUUGCUCAACGUUUUUAGUAAAGUGAUUUGCAUAAUUAAUGUUGUUUUCUGCCUGCAUGUGUGUCAUGUUUGUCCUAUUAGUCUAGCCACAGAUUUUCAGAUUAGAUAAACAAGGGUUAAUGUUUUAAUAGGCAAGUGAGCAAUAACUAUUUAGCUACAGGCUGAGCUAUCAUACAGUACACUAACUGUAAUAGCAAUGGCUAGUCUUGAGCAAGGAACUAUAGAGCAAGCUUCCCUUCAUGAAACUCCUGCACCAGAUGCCAGUAGAAAUGCCACUGAAGCCACACCACUCGUGACAAGAAAUCACGGGAAAUAUGGCAACAAGGAAAGUGUGCUAAUCAAGUCAAAGGCUGCAAUAAUGAUUCUUAUUUGGACUGCCUUAAUGUCUUUCAUAUAUGGUGGUUUUCUGAACCCUGAAAAUUAUUUCUUAUUCACACUUACCUAUUUAUGGGCCUGGUAGACCCUACAUCCUUACCAGCAUUAAACAGUGAGAUGAUAGAUAGUGGUAUAUAUGCUGUAUUUGCUUUCUGGCUCCUCUUCUAUCCUCUAGCCGGAUACUUGGCAGAUGUUCGAUAUGGCAGAUAUAAAGUUGUGAGAUGUGGUGUUUGUACCACGUGGUGUGGACUCUUGACUUCUAUUGUUAUCGGUGUCAUUGUGAAUGCCAUUGUUUUGCCACUAAUAUUAUCUAGACUUAGGUUUGAAAGUGACGCAUCCUACAUAGCUCUAUGGGCUAUUUUCGGGUUAGGGAUGGGUGUACUUGGACUUUUUCUCUUCACACUCUAUAUUGGAAUAAGCUUUGGAAAACUGGUAUGGAGUUCAGCUAAUGCCUCUGGUUUAUUAAGCCUUUCUAUUUUUGGACUUGUCAUGUUAGUUGAGCUGAUUUGUGUACCAGUAACAUUCUGUGUUGCUAAGCGCAGGUGGUUUGUUAUUGACACUGGUAUUGGUAAUCCUUACAAAAAAGUUGCAAGAGUUGUCAGCUUUGCAAGAAGAAACAAGAUUCCUAUUCAACGCAGUGCCUUUACAUUCUGGGAGGAUAACAUACCCACUGGACUGGAUCUAGGCAAGGAUAAAUAUGGAGGACCAUUCACUACCGAGCAGGUGGAGAAUGUGAAGUCGUUUUUUGGAAUUUUUAUAUCCUUUUAUUUUCAGUAGGACCAUUUUUUACGGCUGAUAUUGCUGCAGCACCUUUUCUCAGUAUACUUGAAGAUCACAUGAAGCUGAAGACUUCUGUUUGGCCACCUGAUUAUAGUGAUAUAAGCAACAUUUUUGACCCUAAUGGUGGGACUCUGUACCCCGUCUUUCAAAUUCUUGUUGUUUUUGUUCCUAUUUUUCUCAAGUUUAUUCAUCCUCUGUUUCAGAAGUACUUCCCUGGUAUUCUGAGGCGAAUUGGAAUUGGUCUUUGUCUUAUCACUGUUAGUCUGUUUUGCUCGCUGUUUGUUGAGACGUUUGGUCACCUCCAUAGCAGCUAUAAUGCUACUAUUUCAAUGUUUGCUCCUGGACAUUUUGUAUAUAUAUAUGAUGAUGAUGUAAAUUACCCAUUUCGUAGUUUUGUUGGUGCUCCCUCCCUUAAUAUCUCCCCAUACAUUCUCAUUAUUCAGCAAGUCCUUGUUGCUGUGGCCUAUGUCUUUAUCUAUGGUGGAGUGUUUGAAUUCAUCUGUGCUCAAAGCCCUCACUCUAUGAAAGGAUUUCUCAUUGGAAUUUUCUUUGCCAUUAAAGGGCUAUUUCAAUUGAUCGGUGUUCUUGGAAUUCUUUUACCUUUUAGUAUUUGGCGGAACUCCCCUUUUGUUGGACUGGUUUAUUUCCUGGUGAACAUUGUUAUUUCAGUCGCAGGUGUUGUAGUUGUCAUAGUAGCAGCAAAGAGAUAUCAGUAUCGUCAGCGUGAGGAAGAUUGCAAUUUAAGAAAAUUCAUUGAAGAAGUUUACGAGAAGGAUGUUAAUCACAAUCGGGAUUUUGAAGAUCUAGAUGUUCAAUUUGAGAGUGAUUCUGACUCAGAGAUCCAAUGACUGGGUAUAGUGAUAAUAAAAGACGCCGAUAGCUAUAUAUAUACUAGCUUAAUUGUGUUGGUUUGUAUUACGUGUACAUGUAAUGUAUAUUGGAGAUUAGCUAUUGUUAAAUGUUUGAA